AUGAGUCUCGACGAUUUCAAGGCCGACCUGAUUGACCAGGUCGUGCCCUUUCGAACGACGUCUGUAAACGGCCCCAGCAUAGAACGGAGACUCCGACUGGUCGAGCGCUUGGGCGGGGGGACGUACGGCGACGUCUACAAAGCUGUGGAGGAAGAUGAAGACUCGCAGAAGAGUCCGAUGCUCCGCGCUCGCGAGAUGCCUUCUUCCUCUGCGUCUGCGCGAGGCGAGGCUGGUGAGCGCGACGCGCCGAGCAACGCAGAGAAGGCGGGAGAGAAGACAGAGAAGAAUGACGAGUCGGAGAAAAACUACUUCGCCGUCAAGUACUACAAAGAUGAAACGAGGACCAUCAUGGAUGAAGGCAUCAGCUGCACAACUGUCAGAGAGCUGUCUGCUGUUGCGGGCUGCGGGCACCACCCGAACGUAGUGCGUAUGGAGUCGCUUUUCGUAGAUCCACUGCCUCGCCUCGCGCGGGCGAUCAAUCAGCAGCGCGUGGCGUGGGCUCGCGGGCAGCAAAGUUCACUCUCCGCGCAGCAGUACGCGCAUCUGCAGAGUCAAAUUCAGAAGGAGGAGCUGAAGCCGAACCAAAACUUUGUCUUCGCCGCCUACGAGUUCUGCCGCGGAGGCGACCUUAAGAAGCUCCUCGCGCUCCACCGGCAGAAUGCCGGCGGGGCCGACGCGAACCACGAAAGCGGGACUGGCUCGCCGCCUCCUCUCAGUUGGGGCCUGCCGCUCAGACACGCCAAGCGCUUGGCUUUCCAGCUGCUCAACGGCCUCGCCUUCCUCCACAGCGAAAACCUUUGUCACCGCGAUUUGAAGCCAGACAAUCUCAUGCUGACUGGCACGGAUCCGGAGACGGCUGUUUUGAAGAUCGGUGACCUGGGCCUCUGUCGCGAGUUGCGCUACAACGUAGGCGACAUCACGCCGACGGUGUGCACCAUCUACUAUCGCCCGCUCGAAGUCCUUCUCGGCCGAAUUCAACCGGCAAACGACAGAGAUCGCGCAAAAUACGGAAACGAGAACGGCUUGGCGGCGCACUACGGCUUAGGCGUGGAUCUGUGGAGCGCAGGGUGCAUCAUCGCAGAGAUGAUUCGCGGCAUUCCGCUCUUCAAAGGCACGCAGGAAUUUGAAGUCCUCAUCCGCGUGACCAAAGUCCUCGGCACUCCGACCGAGGAAGAAUGGACCAACUGUUGCAGCCUGCAGCACUACCCGUUUCGAAACCGCUCGGAGAGCCACUUUUUUUCUGAACACGACAAACGGCAGAACCUGAACGUGGUGCUGCAAGGGAAGUUGGAUCUCGACGGCCUCGACCUCCUAGCGCGCAUGCUUGACUACAACCCCUACCGACGCAUCACCGCCGCCGAGGCCCUGAGUCACCAAUGGUUCACGGAUGUCUGCUUUCAGCAGCUCGACGGAAUCGGUGUGCACAACUGGUACCUCGACGUGCUCAAGUUCCGCCUCGGCGAGAAGACCUUCGAGGCGAUGGAGCGACACCGCCCCCACGUGCUGAAGAGUACGCGGCUGUCGCACGUGAUCUGUCAACGCAACUACAAAGGCGCGCUACUGCAGCGCAUCAAUCGCGUCUUCCGCGAAAUUGGCGGCUUUCAAGACAGAGAAAAAGUCGACUACUGGCGCGCCGUCCUUGCGGCAGAGGAGGCCCAGCAGCGGAGACGGCGGCGGUCCCAGCUGGCGCCCGCAGCGGCGUCGCCGCCUCCCCUCUGUUCUUGGCCGUCUUCUCCGCCAUCCUCUUCCUCGCCGCGCUGUCCUGCACAUGCGCCUCCCAGCGGAGCGGAGGGCCGCCGCCAUCGCGCCGCUUCUUUCUCGCGCGUUGGCUGUCUGUGCGCGGCCUCUGGCGUGCAGCCUUCUCCCCGGAACCCGAGUCAGGCUUCGCACCGCGCCUCUCCCUCUUCGGUGGCGUAUGAGUCACCGUUCGCGUCCGCGUCGUCCGACGAAAACUGUCCACCAGGUCUCCUCGAUCAGCAGUCGUCUCUGUCGUCUUCCCUGGCGCUGGAAAAGGCAGCAGGCGGUGUGCCCUCGAAGGGCGGCAAGUUGAAGAAAGACACGCGAGAGAAAGAUGGACCGGCGCCUCCCGUCUCCCUCCGACCCGACGAGCCCCCGGUCUCCGCCGCGGCCCUCGCUGCCGCGCCUUCGCUGCUGCUUCACGCGACGGACAUGUGCACCCGAGGAGGUGGCCAAGUGGAGAGGACGCUUCUCGGUCUCGAAAAAAGCGCGCGAGACGGCCGUGCGCGCUCGCGCGGUGCGCCUGAAGCUGACAAGGGCUGUCUUCUGGCAGAGGGACGUGCAGGGGGGAGGCCACGGAACGCGCAGAGCGAAACAGCCGUGAGCGGUGUGGCGUCCUCCUCGCGGCCUGCGGUCGCCGAGAGUCGAACGCGUCCUCUGCAGAGUCCCGCAGGCACAGCCGCGCGGCCUGCCGACUGCCAAAAAGGCCGACCCGAACCAGACGGGCGCCGCUCCUCUUCGCUGGGGUCUCUGCGCGGCACUAACGUCGCUCACAUGCUCCUGGCAAACCCCCUCAGUUCGCUCUCGCUGCUCUCAAACCGCAGCUUGUUUGAAGCUCCUCCUCCUGCAGGCGACCAAGCGGACCCAGAGCGGGAAGGGAGACAGAGGCGCGGCGAUACCCCUCGAGACAGCGAAAGAGAGGCCGGGGAGGCUGCGGAGAGGGGAGCCGAGUCGGCGAGCGACGGGCUGCGCGGCAGCGGCCCUCCGGGGUCGGCGCGGGGGGGCGGACAGCUCACACGCAGCGAACCACGAGGGGGAGGGGCGGCGGAGUCGCAGGAAGACGGCCGUCCCGACGGGCUCGUGUCUGUGGAGGAGAGAAAGCGUAAUCCGCCUUCGUCACCGUCUCCCUCUCUUGUUCUUCCUCUCUUGCUUUGCGGAGCCAGCGAAAAUGAGCCUGAGGCCGGCGGAUCUCUUCAAGAGCCCGAGGGACGCUCACAGGACCUGAGACGCGCGAGAGAAGGCCACGAUGCUCCAAAAGCAGAAGAGAAACGCCCGUCCAAAAGACGACUUGUAGCCCCCAGCGCGCAGCCCUGGCUUGGCCUCACCCUAAGCUAUCCAGUCCCUGUCUCUGCUCGUCUUCGCAUGCGGACAGGCAGCGCCGGCGGGUGCGGCUCCUCCUUCUCUGUCGGGUCAGAACGCCCGCAGGCAGAGGCGCUGAGUGUACGGUGUCCGCGGCUGAGCAGCGGAGACGGCCAAGGCCUCGGGGCGGACGGCACCGCGCGGGGGCGGCCCAGUCUGCGGUUGAGGAGACGCGCGGCGGAAGAGAGCGGUGCUGAGGAAGGCUUAGUUCAGCCUUCUGCGUCCUCGGCACAAGCAGAGGACGAUGCCCUUGCCCCCCCGGCGGAUAAGCAGGGCGCGAGUCUGCGCUUCGCCUCUGUCGCUGUGGCCUCGGCUGCACAGGGCGGCGGUCCGCGUCGUCUCGGCACCGCACGGGCUCAGCAGGCGGUGACUGCGGCGCGAGAAGUGCCUCGGGCGCAAGAGGCAGAAGACCCGGACUGCGUGAACGAGAAGGGCGCACCGGGCGGCUGCGUGAAGAAACAGGUGCCGGCGCAGGCGCCGGCGGCUCGUUCGAGGAGGUGUCUCGCGCUCUCCGCGUCCGGGGGGCGUCUGCUGCUUUCCCCACCGGCGAGCGGCACAGCAAGCAGCGGGGCUGCGCAGCAAGAGGGGCCGCCAAAGUCCCUUCCUUCGGCAGCGGGUUUUCGCGGGGGUGUGCGGCGCUCCACGCGCGUUCAAGCGCUUGGAGCAGCCAGCCACGUCUCUGCGCCUUCGGGUGCCGUCAAAGAGGGAGAUUUGGAGGGCACCGCGUCUGUCUCCGCGGCGACCGACGCCAGAGAGAAGGCGAAACGGACGCUGGGGGCGCCCCCAUCCACCGCGCCUCCUGGCAAGAAGUCUGCUGCGGCUGCCAGUGAGGGGCAGGAAGACAGCGCGGCGAGUCGCGGCGCAAGUCUGAAAGCCGGUGAGAGAGGGGAGAGAAGAGGCCUGACACCAUCCGCAGUUGCUGAGGCAACCGCAAAGAGAGAAAGGAACGAAGCGCUGAGCAAGAAAGAGACAGUCAGAGCAUCGGCUGGCGCAAAGGGCCGCAGAAGGGGCGGCGCGAGCGCGGCGGGUCGCAGCACUGUCGCGUGA